ACUUUGUAAACAUGGCGGACAGUGCGAGCGAGAGUGACUCGUCUUCUGUGACUGAUGGACCCAUUAUGCAGCCACCAUCAAUGCCACCUUCACCUAUCACCCGGGAACAAUGGCAGAAGAGAAUAGACUGCCUACAGCAGCAAAAUCGUGUGUUGAGAGCCGAGCUGGAGACCUACAAACUGCGAGUGAAAAGUCUGCAUGAGGAAAACAGGGCGUUGCGGCAAGCUUCUGUCAAUAUCCAAGCCAGAGCAGAGCAGGAGGAGGAGUUCAUCAGCAAUACUCUCUUAAAGAAGAUCCAAGCACUGAAGAAGGAGAAGGAAACUCUGGCAUUGAAUUAUGAACAGGAGGAAGAAUGUCUUACCAACGACCUCUCACGCAAGCUCAGUCAAUUGCGGCAGGAGAAGGUGGAGCUGGAGCAGACCCUCGAGCAGGAACAGGAAUGUUUAGUUAAUAAAUUGAUGCGCAAAAUUGAGAAACUAGAAACGGAAACUGCAGCUAAACAGAAUGACUUAGAAACCCUUCGAAGAGAGAAGGUGAGUUUAAAAUAAAGAUUGGAUAUGAAAAGUGGGUUUAUAGUAAAUCGUGUAUGGAAAAAUAUGGAAUUUGUCAGUUAAAAAAAAGAGAUGCUGCAGGGCAAGUUAGAACAACCUAUCUCCAACCCUCCAUCUCCAGCUGACUUUAAUCAGGGAGACCGAGCGAAUAAUCUUUCCUCACACAUCCAACACCUGCGCGAUGAAGUUUCUAGGUUUAGGGAGCAGCUUACGACUGCACAGGAAGAACAUAACCGCACAGCUCAGCAGUAUGCUAAUGAGGAACGCUUAAUCCGUGAAGAGAAUCUUCGCUUACAGAGAAAGCUACAGAUGGAAGUUGAACGAAGGGAGGCUCUCUGUCGUCAUCUGUCAGAGUCAGAGUCUAGUUUAGAAAUGGAGGAAGAACGUCACUAUAAUGAGAUCACUUCACAGCGGCAUCGAACACUGUCUAGUCCAGUGCCGUAUAAUCCUUCUCCAAGUUCCUCUAGACCACUCUCACCGGGUUUGUCAGGUUACAGCGGUGGGCGGGAUCUGUUCUCUCCGCCCAGCCCCAUGGGUCGCUGCCCACACUGUGGCCAGGUGAUCCUGCAUCACCCGCCUCCCACUGUCCCUCCGCCUAAUUACCUGCCCUCCGCCUCCCCUCCUCCUCCUCCCCCACCUGUAAUCUCACCUGCAUUUCAGAGACAUGGAAGUCGCACAUCACAAGAGCGAUUUGUAAAGCCCAUUGCCCCUCCCCCAAGUAGUUCUGCUCUACUGGCCACCCCAACCUCUCAUCACCCUACAUCUAGCACAUCAGGAUCAUCUAACUCUACUCCUCCACAUCACCCUCCACUUGUGCCAGCGCCCCAGCUGCCUUCAUCUCCACAUCCAGUGGCUCCACCAUCCCCCAUGGAUGUGAGCCGCAACUGAUUGAGAAGCCUCUGGGUCAGCACUGAGGUUCCUGUGGGGUUUCUGGAAAAGUUGCUAGCAGCCUUUCCGUAGGAUUUCUAGAAAGGCUGCUAGCUGACUUUUUUUGCCUUGGUAGACUUGGAGUUUUUCUCCAUAUUGGUGAGUCUUGAUGGUCAUAUUUGUUGUGAAAAAUGUGAUAUCAUGUUACUGACAUGGGCGAGAAAACCAGAGCUGCAAAGAUGGUGGUCGUAGCUUGAACUAAACUGAACAAUAUAUGCCACAAUUUUCUGAGAAAAAGUUGCAUAACUGGAUUCUUGUAUUGUUGAGGUAGUUGCAGUUGCUUUGUGGCAAUUAUUGGAGUUUGUUGAGCCAAUUAUGUGAUAUAUUUGAGAAUAUGAUAAAGUGAGUAAGAGUCAGAUGAGAAGAUUAUAGAAGGAAAUGAAAAAUCUGUGGUAGCAUAGUAGUUUUUAGGCAUCUAUAAAUAAAGUGCUACAUGCCCUCCCUCUGUCGAUUGUGAUAUCAAAACUACCGAUGUGUUGGGUUAAUAUUCAAUGCUGUCUUAAGUAGACGUUUGUGCUGACUUGUUCUACUUGAAAGAGGUGUCACUUGCUGUCUUAAGUAGACAUUUGUGCUGACUUGUUCUGCAUUAAGGAGGUGUCACUCAUGCUUCAUUUGAUCUUGACACAGUUGAUUCUACUUGACUUUUUAUACAUUAACUCAUUUAUGCACAACAAUGUUAAUGGAAUUGGUAGAGGUAUGUUAUCUUGUUAGUAUUGGUCUAGUUAACUGUGACAUGGUUAAUGGAAGUCAUGGUGUAUACAGUCACACCCACAAAUCAUGCAAUUCCAUUGCCCAACAUAUUUACUGAUGGGCAACUCACAAGUACUGUAUGUUUCAUUAUUCACUAAUUUUUUAAUUUAGUUUGUUAUAGUGUGGCCCUUAAAUUAAAAACUAGACACAGAAUUUCAUUCCCAAUAUUUAUGAUGGGCUUCCCAUGCCUAAAUCUUUCCUUUUUCGGUCAUUCUUUCUUAUGAAUGUCAACAUUAAUGAGGUUUAAGCAAUAAUAUGGAAAAAGAUUUGGUAUCUAAAACUCAGAACAAACUCAAAUCUGAGAAAAAUUUAUGCGAAUAUAAUUUAUUCUUUGGUCUAGCAGAGUUGCUUGACCUGGGAAUGUGACCCAAAGUAAUUUGUGAAUGUGACUGUUCUUUUUGAUACUGCGUCUCCUUGUUAUUUAUUAAGACACAAGAAGAAUGGUAAUCUGAUGCAUCGAGUGAUAUUAUGUUUUGGUUUGUUGUUUCUUCUCCAUUUAUAAAUUUUACCGUUUAUGCAAUUAGCUAUAAAUGUUGAGUAUGAACUGACAUAGCUCAGUGUAAUGCACUCUUCAGGGCUAUGGUAGGCUCAUUAUUGUUUCAAUUAUUAAUUGCUGUUUGAUGCAAGAAUUAUAAUUUUGAGUCAA